AUGCCGCCAGUAGCUACUUCUACUAUUACAACCUCGGGUUCAACCACCCCCCGAUUAAGAACCAAUGGAGCAGAAGGUGUCUCAGAAAAGAAUGAAGAUGCCCCUCCACGACAAGAUAUCGAUGUGAAAGAACAUGAUUUCUUUUGGACAUAUACCGAGGAACCUCAUCGAAGCAGACGUUUAGCCAUUAUCAAAGCUCAUCCAGAGGUAACUAAACUCUGUGGACCUGAACCCCUCACCAAAUAUGUCGUUCUCCUCGUCGUAUCAAUCCAAAUCCUCUGCGCCUACCUCCUCCGCAAUACCCCUUUCCUCUCCUGGAAAUUCUUCCUCACUGCCUACAUUAUUGGCGCAACCGCAAAUCAAAACCUGUUCCUUGCCAUCCACGAAAUAUCUCACAAUUUGGCAUUUAAAAACCCAAACUUGAAUCGGGCCCUGGCAAUUUUUGCAAAUUUACCGAUUGGAAUUCCUUAUUCUGCUUCUUUCAGACCAUACCAUCUUACCCACCACAAAUCCCUUGGCGUCGAUGGUCUAGACACCGAUCUCCCCACUCGUUUUGAAGCCCUCUUCCUCGAUUCCCUCCUCGGAAAAGCCUUCUUCUGCACUUUCCAAAUCCUAUUCUACGCCAUCCGUCCCAUCUUCGUCUACGCCGUCCCCUUCACCUCCAUCCACAUCUUCAACAUCUUCGUGCAAGUCGUCUUCGACAUCCUCCUCGUAAAAUCAACCAAUUCCUACAACUCCCUCUACUACCUUAUCCUCUCCGCCUUUUUGGCAGGUUCCCUUCACCCCUGCGCCGGACAUUUCAUCGCCGAGCACUACGUUUUCGAGCGUCAGCCCCUCGCAGCCCGCGACCCAAAAACUGGUGUCGAAAUCCCAGAGACGUUUUCUUAUUACGGUCCUCUCAAUUUCUUCACCUACAAUGUUGGACUGCAUAAUGAACAUCAUGAUUUCCCCGCUGUGCCCUGGACACGUUUACCCGCGCUCCAUGAGAUAGCCAAGGAAUUCUAUGCAGAGUUGCCCAGACAUGAGAGUUGGAUUUAUGUGAUAUGGCAGUUUGUAUGGGAUAAGGAGGUUGGAAUGACUUGUAGAGUUAAGAGAAGGGAAGGAGGAAGAAAAGUCGGAGGCUGGACGCAACAGGAGAUUCAGGCUUAG